AUAAUCGAAUAGGGAGAAAUUAACGGCGCAUUCGACACGGAUCGCGAAAAAUAGUUUAAAUAACGAAUGUGGAUUUUGGUAAUGUGUAGUUGUUUUUUUCAAAAUGAAAAAAUUGGUGCUCCUUUGUUUGGUUGUUGCAGCGGUGACCGCGGACACUCGCAGACGGCUACAGAGCGUCAAUUUGAGCGUCAACUUCCAGGUUGUCGACAAAGAUGACGAUCUUAAUGACGUAAGACAGCGUACAAGGGAAAGUAAUCGUUUGGACCAAAGAUCAGAAAGGUCAGAACACUUGAGACAAGGGCUAGACAAUGAGGACAGAGAGGAAGAAAGUGAUGAUGACCAAGACAAUGACGAGAGCGUGGCUCUAAGAUCGCAACUUUAUGAACAACUAGCCAAUCAAUUGGACCCACAACCAAGUUCACAAAGUCGUUCUCAGGACCUUAUAAGGAGUUACCACCAACCUCAUUAUUCACUUUAUCAUUCGGAUCAACAGCAGCGGUAUCAACAACCAUCUCAUUACGAACGCCCAUUGGAGCACUCACUACAAAGCCACUAUCAGAGUCCGUACGAGCAGCAACUGUUACAAAGACAUCAACGUCAUCAUCAACAUCAACAACGUGACGAGAAUCAUGGUGAAGAUCAGCUGGUUUGCAAAGUGGAGCACCACGACACGGAAGAAAAAUAUGAUGAGAGUUAUCGCAACCAGGACCACCAUGAGCGCUACCAGCCCCAACGUUACGACGAUGAUGACGAGUAUCAGUCCCGCCAUGAAUUUAGCAGAUACCAGUCACACCGUCAACCACUGCACUACCAGAACCGCGAUGACGAGGAAGAGCAGUUACAUCUAUUGAACCGGUUACAGCAACGCCGUUUGCCUCAUCACAACCAGCGCAAUGACGAUGAUGAUGAGACUCAAAGCAGUCUGGGAUACAACCGUUACCAACAACACCAUUAUUACCCGUUGAGCCAUUCACAACAGGCAGAUAGCGAGCAACUCCAUUACUUGCAACAAGAAUUGCAACAGCUAUACCAUGAUAAGACUGACUCUGAGCAUCAUCCUGACCACGAAUACAGAUAUCACGGUUACCAACACGAAAAUAGUUAUAGAUACCCAAGUCACCUGAAUGAUAACAAUGAGUACCGGUACCAGUACAAAAACUACCACGCGCAGCCGUAUCCACAGUCACGCUUACAACAAAACUAUUAUUCGAACCAAAGACAUCAUGAUCUCAGCAGUGUAAGUGUUAACAUAGAUUUCGACGAAUAACACCCCAAGAUAUAACUAAAUAUAGUCCUGGCUCAAUUGAGGCUACAACUUCAGCAACAACAACCAUUGGAAGAAGAGGAGAGUUUACAACAAUCAUUAUAAUAAGUUCAAUCACCAACAAUUUAUCUACAACAAGACUCGGCUAGAAAGGGAUACAGAGUUUUUAUUAUUCAAUUAAUCAAAUAUACUUGAAAGCUGCAGCAAGUUG